AGUUCUUUGCCAUCAGCUUCGGAGGGUAAGUGAUGGGAAAUUCGUUGGGAAAUCAUCGCGCUCCAUUAGGCGCUUCGCUUUUUACUUUACGAUUCUGUGGUCUUUGGAGCUCUUCCGAUGACUCUCACCCCAUCAAAAAAUUCAUCUACCCAAUCUACAGCAUGGUAAUGACAUCUCUCAUUUGGAUCUUCAUCGCUACGAUAUUGGGAGAUUUAUUCUCGAAUUUUGAAGAUUUGCUGGUAAUCACAGAUGACGGCUGCUUUCUGGCCGGGAUAUCUGUCAUUGUCUUCAAGCACAUCAUAUUCUGUCUUCGUCGUCGGGAAAUUAUUAAACUGAUUCAUGAAAUCUAUCGUCCGGUUGAUUAUCUCGCUAAGUCGUCAGAUGAAGGAGCGCUGAUACUCGUAAAAGUGUCAACAUUUUACGAUGAGCUUCAUUGCUAUAGCUUUAUCGGUAUAGGAUGUUGUCUAGUAUUAGCUCUGGUAACAAUAGUCCCAACGGACAACGGCAGUCUACCAAUAAGAGCGAAGUAUCCAUUCGAUUCAACGAUUGAGCCACUGCACAGUAUUGCAUUUGUCAUUCAAGCAAGUGCAGUUGCAACUGGUGUAGCUGGAAUCCUGGGUAUGGAUGGAGUUGUCACAAGCAUUUGUCGAUACAUCACACUACAAUUAGAAAUCUUGGGUUCAAAUUAUCGGCAUUGUCAAACCAAAUGGCCUCGUGGAGAAAUCCACCUGUCGAUUGGAAAACCAAAGAGUCGUGAGACUGAAAUUAAUUGUUUUAUUCCUUUCAGUCCGAGGGAGGCUCACGAAGCGAAUGAUUCCUUUGUGAGACGUUUCAAGAUAUGUAUACGACACCAUCAGAGACUCAUAAAAAUUGUGAAUAAUGUCAAUGUUGUAUUUGGAUCCAGUAUGUUUUGUCAAUUAUUCGCAAGCUCUGCAAUGAUAUGUUUCACUGGAUUUCAAGCAGCUUUGGGCGCCAGGGAAAGCGCCAAUUUGAUUAAAUUUGCAAUGUACUGUGGAACAGCCUUCUCUCAACUGCUCUCGUGGUGUUUAAUAGGAAAUAUGUUACUGCAUGAGAGUCUCACUUUGACUAACAGCCAAUGGCAAUCUGGUUGGGAAAACGAACAAUAUUUCGACUUUGCGUAUUUGAUCAUUUUUGCCAUGGUACGUGGUAAUAAGUCUCUGGAACUUAGAGCUAUCAACUUUUAUUCAGUGUCGAUGGAUACAUUUAUAGUGAUCUUGCGAGCCUCGUAUUCAUUCUUCACUCUUUUGGUGACCGUCGUGUGAAAUUUAACGUAACUAUAUGCAUGAGGAAAC